AUGAACAUGAUGAAUGCGUUCAAAGAACACAUAAAGCUGGCUCGAGCGCACGGUCAAAUGAGUCCGAAGCGUUCUAGUGAAUCAACUUCUCAGCUCGGUGCAUACACUAGCCCACUUCGAACUAGUGUGGACCACUCUUUUACAUGUAAAAUUUCCCCACGACGGUCCGGUGGAAGCCACGCAUCCACAACAUUCAUCAGUUUUGGUUCCUCCAAUCGAUCGACCGGCGCCGGUCACGUGCGCGGCACCUUUCGUUCUACCUCAAGCCGCUUCGAAAACGGCAAGUGUGUCACCACUCGUCGUACAGUGCAAGAUGGGGUGGAGACUAUUGAGGUGGAGGAAAAUGGCGUUCUCAAGACGAAAACAAUUAACGGUCGUCCUGUGGCCAUUACAACUGCCUAG